AGUCAGCAUGCGGCGCAGCAAGGAAGGCAGCAAGUCUUUGAUCAGGUUUAACUGGCAAGUCAGGUCUUUGACAUCUAAAGGGGAGGCUGAGAGGGUCUGAAGGGAACAACAACAAGCAGCUGAGAGAGAGAGAGAGAGAGAGAGAGAGAGAGAGAGAGAGAAAGAGAGAGGGAAACAGGGUGCCUCCUCUCAGGGAAGCAGAAGAGGAGGGGUGGGAGGACAAGAGCAGGGAACGGUGAGGAUUCAUGCUGUGUUAGCAUCCCCUCAGCAACUCCAUCAAUACUGCAUACAGCUGAGAAACUGGCAAAGGUCCUCCGUGCUGCAUUUUCAGGCUCGGCCAGAGAAAGAGAGCGACUCCCACGACCGGUCAACUCAGUCUGCUGCUGGAGGGGCUCUUUGUGAGGGGCAGAGCACACACACACACACGUACACGCACGCACACACACAUACAAGACACACUCUGACACACACUCUCUGGAACCUCUGCUGCAUCAAGAAGCAGAGGAGGGACACACGAUCUGGGAAUACUCCAGAGGAGAGAGUUAUCACCGGAGAGGGACAGCGAGAAAACUCUUGCUGCCAUGCCCUGCACCGGAGGCUGAGCUGUGGGAGAGUUUGACAGGACCUCAGUGCACCUGCUCCAUGCACACUGAUUACAUAAAAGAGCUGGUGUGUGCAAUGGCUGUCUUCGACUUGCAGGGUUUCAUGCCACCCGUUCUGCAUCACUUUCCUCUCUUUGCUGCACAGCCAGGUCCGACGAUCUGACCACACCUCUCCUUCCUCCCCCCAAACCCUUCCUCCCCCCCUCUCAUCCUCCCCUUUUUCUUGGUGUCCAUCUUUCCUGGGCCCACCAUGGGAGGAUGCUUCUCCAAACCCAAGCCAGUUGAAGUCAAAGUGGAGCUCUCUCUCCUGGAAAAAGAAAAAGAAGUGGACGGCCUGUCCCCUAAUGGCAAAGCGAGCCCCUUCGCCGACUGCAGACCGAAUGGGGCCCUGGCUCACAGCUCUGACGAAGACUCCAUGCUGCUGCCGCUCAACCACAACUCCCGGGAAUAUGUGGAGGCCUCCGUGUGUCACGUUAAAGACCUGGAAAAUGGACAAAUGCGAGAGGUGGAUCUGGGAUGUGGCAGAGCUUUGCUCAUCAAACAACACGGGGAGUUUUCCGCCAUGGCCCACAAGUGUCCGCACUACGGAGCACCGCUGGUCAAAGGUGUCCUAUCCAAAGGACAUGUGCGCUGUCCCUGGCACGGCGCCUGUUUCAGCACAGCAACAGGAGACAUAGAGGACUUCCCAGGUCUGGACAGUCUGCCUACCUUCCAGGUCAGAGUUGAGAAGGACAAGGUGAUCAUUCGUGCAAACAAGCAGGCUCUUCAGUCACAAAAGAGAUCGAAACCCAUGUCCCGAUGUUCUGCCGUCAUCAACUCCAACACCGGCUUCAGCCAUGUUCUCAUCGUCGGCUCAGGUCCAGCGAGCCUGGUGUGUGCAGAGACACUGAGGCAAGAAGGCUUCACAGAUCGCAUCGUCAUGUGCACCAUGGACAGACAUCCUCCGUAUGACAGGCCUAAACUGAGUAAGUCUUUAGAAAGCACAGCAGAGCAGCUGAGGUUACGCUCCAUGGACUUCCUACAGGACCACGACAUUGAGCUGCUCACAGAAAAAGAGGUUGUAGCAGUAGAUGUUAAGACUCGAUCUGUAACUUUUGAAGACGGCUUGAGGAUGGAGUACAGGAAACUCUUUAUUGCUUCAGGAAGCAAACCAAAACCAAUGAGCUACAAGGGGAAAGACGUCAAGAAUGUUUUCCAUCUCCGGACGCCUGAGGAUGCUAACAGCAUAGCGAGGCUUGCCAACAACAAGAACGCCGUGAUUGUGGGAACGUCUUUUGUUGGUAUGGAGGUGGCUGCAGCUCUGACUGAUAAGGCCCACUCAGUGUCUGUCAUCGGGAUCGAGCCGGUCCCCUUCAAAAAAGCUCUCGGGGAGAAAGUAGGGAAAGCCAUAAUGAAGCUGUUUGAGACAAACAGGGUGAAGUUCUACAUGCUGAACGAAGUGUCGGAGAUGAUUGGUCAACAUGGACAGCUGAAGGAAGUUGUUCUGAAGAGUGGGAAAGUCCUGCGGGCGGACGUGUGCGUCAUCGGAGCAGGGAGUGUUCCUGCAACAGGGUUUUUGAAACAGAGCGGCAUCCACUUGGACUCAAAGGGCUUCAUCACCGUGAACAAGAUGAUGCAGACAAACGUUGACGGGGUGUUUGCUGGAGGAGACGUGGUCACGUUUCCGUUUCCACCUCGCAACAACAAGAAGGUGAACAUCCCUCACUGGCAGAUGGCUCAUGUGCACGGCAGGGUGGCAGCUCUCAGCAUGAUGGGCAGAGUCUCCGAGUUCAAAACUGUGCCUUACUUCUGGUCGGCCAUGUUUGGGAAGACCAUUCGCUAUGCAGGUUAUGGCGAUGGAUUUGAUGAUGUCAUCAUACAAGGAGAUCUGGAUGAAUUACGAUUUGUUGCUUUUUAUACAAGGAGCGAGGAAGUGGUUGCUGUCGCCAGCAUGAACUAUGACCCCAUCGUAUCUCGGGUGGCAGAGGUCUUGGGAUCCGGAAAGACGAUUAAAAAGCGAGACGUGGAGAUGUUAGCGCUCCUUGGCAAGUAUGGAAAAACACGAGCUAAUCCUUUUUAUAUGCAGCUGCACCUUAUCCACCAGCUCAAAAAUGUAAUAAAACUCUUUAUCAGCAAGGAUUUGACCACUAUUGCUGUGUUGCAGGACUGGAGACAUAUCUUGGCUGAUUGACAAAGGCUCUCAUUGACUUCACCUCUGGAGUUCCCUAAAGGACAGACCCAAAGUCCACUGGAUACCCUCACAUGGACACUUUGGUGCUGAGACCCUGAGCAGCUAUCCUACUUCAUUCACAGAAACACAGCGGACUCGAUUCUCCGUCUGUCGGAGGCUCGCUCUGCUGACGACGACAGUAUAACAUGUUUUGCUCCGGAGAGACACUUUAACGUGACAAACUGAACCACACAGGGCUUGAACACACUGAAUCACUGUGUGGGCAGAUGUUUUUGUUCACAACAAAGCAAUAUUUCAGCCUUCGCGCUGCUGCAAGUUAUAUCUACCUGUACUUUUUUGUUUAUAAGAAGCCAGAGAAGGGCAUGGGCAUUUGUUUUGUAUAAAUACGACUGUACAUAGUUAUAAUCCUGAUUGCACUGUAACAACAAAAGAGAAUACACAGUUUUGAGUGGGGAAUAGAUCGACUGUGCUCUCACACAGACCUUAGAUCUGCAUGGUAGAACUUACUGCGGUAAUAAAAAUAAAAUGACGAGUCCCAAACCAGAGAAUAUUAAUAAAGAAGCAGUAAAAAUAAAAGCUUAAAUCAGCAGCAGAACAAGUCCUCUUUAGACCAACCUUGAGCUUUAACGAGCUCAGUUAUAUGCACAUGCAUUUAAUUUGCAACGAGAUAAUGUACUUCUUUGUAUAUGUUGCCUCGCUAGUAGAGUAAAUACAUUAAAUUUUAAUCAUGUUUCUAAUUAAGCUAAUUAUUAGUUUGUGCUUGCACAAUAGAUUCACGUUUUUCAAAAAAUAAACAGCAAUAACUCAUCUAGAUGAAAACUAGAAACUGUUUAUUUUUGACGUUUCCAGACUCCAUAGGGACUUUAUUUGUUACUAACUCAGGGAACUGAGGUUUGUGGCCCAGGCUGAUUGCUCCCUUACAGUCGCUGUUGCUUUAAUAUUCUCCCCUGUGAUCUCACCGCUUCCCCUCGUUUUCCUUUAGCGAUGCUUUGCAAUGUGCUGAGAAGUGCAGAGCAGAUGUCUCAUAGCAUCCUGGUCUAAUGAGGAUCCAUGCAUACUUGAUCCUUGACGCUUAAAGUCAACGAGGCAAUUUGAAAAGCAUUGUUCUUCCUACAGAGAAGCUGGAAUGAUGGUUUUAUAACAACUUUGAAAUAAAAAGUGAUCCAACAGUAAA